AAAUACGUGGCAUUUUCAUCAAGUUUUGGAAAAACAGCUUACGUUACGUAUUACCUUUCCCCUGUUUUUAGCUCCUCUGUUUUCUCUGUUCAUUUCGCAGCAUCUUUCUUCGGGAUUUAAGGAUAUCCAUUACUUUAUUUAGUUCUUCUCCUUGACAAGCCCCCCCCCCCCAAAAAAAAAGGUGUUCUUGUUUUUUUUUUUUUGAAAGAAAAAUGUGUGGGAUUUUAGCUGUUUUGGGUUGUUCUGACGAUUCUCAGGCAAAAAGGGUUCGAGUGCUGGAACUUUCCCGCAGGCUGAAACACCGUGGUCCAGACUGGAGUGGCCUCCACCAACAUGGAGACUGCUAUUUGGCCCAUCAACGCCUUGCCAUCGUUGAUCCUGCUUCGGGUGACCAACCUCUCUUUAACGAAGACAAGAGUGUUGUUGUCACGGUGAAUGGAGAGAUUUACAACCAUGAAGAACUGAGGAAGAAAUUGGUAAACCACAAGUUCAGGACUGGCAGUGACUGUGAUGUUAUUGCCCAUCUGUACGAGGAGUAUGGGGAAGACUUUGUGGAUAUGAUGGAUGGAAUCUUCUCAUUUGUGUUGCUUGAUACCCGAGACAACAGCUACAUUGUUGCACGUGAUGCUAUUGGGGUCACAUCCCUCUACAUUGGCUGGGGACUUGACGGUUCGGUUUGGAUAUCUUCCGAAAUGAAAGGAUUAAAUGAUGACUGUGAACACUUUGAGUGCUUUCCUCCUGGUCACUUGUACUCCAGCAAAACAGGAGUAUUUAGAAGAUGGUACAAUCCACCAUGGUUCUCUGAGGCCAUUCCAUCAGUUCCAUACGAUCCCCUUGUUCUAAGACGUGCUUUUGAAAAUGCUGUGAUCAAAAGACUGAUGACCGAUGUACCUUUUGGAGUUCUUCUAUCUGGAGGUCUCGAUUCAUCGUUGGUUGCUUCUAUCACAGCUCGAUACUUGGCUGGUACCAAGACUGCUAAACAUUGGGGAAGCCAGCUCCAUUCUUUUUGUGUUGGCCUCGAGAAUUCACCAGAUUUGAAGGCUGCAAGGGAGGUUGCAGAAUAUCUGGGAACGGUUCAUCAUGAGUUUCACUUUACUGUUCAAGAUGGUAUUGAUGCCAUCGAAGAUGUCAUCUACCACAUAGAAACCUAUGAUGUUACCACAAUCAGGGCAAGCACUCCAAUGUUCUUGAUGUCGCGGAAGAUCAAGUCUUUAGGGGUGAAGAUGGUUAUAUCUGGUGAAGGUUCUGAUGAGAUUUUUGGUGGGUAUUUGUACUUCCACAAGGCACCAAAUAAGGAUGAAUUCCACCACGAAACCUGCCGUAAGAUAAAGGCUCUUCACCAGUAUGAUUGUUUGAGAGCUAACAAAGCAACAUCUGCAUGGGGAUUGGAGGCUCGAGUCCCAUUCUUAGACAAGCAAUUCAUCAAUGUUGCCAUGUCUAUAGACCCUGAAUCAAAGAUGGUAAGCAAUCAAUUUAUUGUUGUCUUGGAAUUGCUUGGUUCAUUAUACAUGCUUCUCUAUUUCAUGAAUCAGAUAAAAAAGGAUGAAGGACGCAUCGAGAAGUGGAUUCUUAGGAGGGCCUUCGAUGAUGAAGAACAUCCCUAUCUGCCAAAGCAUAUCCUUUACAGACAGAAAGAACAGUUUAGUGAUGGUGUGGGUUAUAGUUGGAUUGAUGGUCUCAAAGCACAUGCUGACCAACAUGUAACCAAUAAGAUGAUGCGUAACGCAUCUAACAUCUUCCCUCACAACACACCAACUACAAAAGAAGCUUACUACUACAGGAUGAUUUUCGAGAGAUUCUUCCCUCAGAAUUCGGCAAGAUUGACCGUACCUGGAGGAGCUACCGUAGCAUGCAGCACUGCUAAAGCAGUUGAGUGGGAUUCUGCCUGGAAGAAUAACCUUGACCCUUCAGGCAGGGCCGCCCUGGGAGUCCAUCUCUCUGCUUACAACGCCGAGACUCCACUCAGCAACAUGCCAUCCAAGGUUAUCGACAAUAUACCACGGAUGAUUGAAGUUCCCGGAGUUGCCAUACAGAGCUAGUACCUGCCUACAGGAAGGAAAGCAGAACACAUGAAUUGAAUAAUUCAGAGUAGAAUUUGUGGCAUAUAUCCAUGAAACUUCAUAAUUCUCUGAUGUGUACUAUAAGCGGUGUUUAUGAGUAACUAAAACAAUUUCUGAUUGUUUGAUCACCGUCUGUUGUUGUCAUCGACAUGUUGCUUAAGCUUUUGAAACUAUGUUGUUGAUAAUUUGCACUGGAAAGUUAAUCGUUAAUGAGAAUCUUCACUUCAAAAUGAUAA